GUUUUGGUAGGCGGAGUUAUGAAAUGAAUCCAAUUCCAGGCUCUUUUUGCCAGACAGAUUGCACUCAGCCAACGAUGAGACAGACGGCUGUGUCGUAGCCCCUGGACCUCACUGAAUGGAACUUUCCAACGGUGUCCGUGCAACACCGUGCAUUCAAUCCGCAACAUGACUUCAAAGGACAGGUGUGCAGGUAGACAUUAGCCUACGCGGUGACUUUGACAUGCUGGCGUGAUAGGUGUCUGUAGACUACAUUUAAACAUUAUGGAGGAACAACACUUGUUUGGAAACGACAGCGGGAGCCAGUCCUCUUCAGGGUCUGAAACCUUGUCAGAGGGAGAAGGCAUACAAGAAGAGCACCAAAAUGACGAUGAUUUCAACGGCCAACACGCUUCAGACUUCGAAACUAUAAAAGCAGAAGGGAAAGAAGAAAAGAGUGUGGCAGACGACGAGGUGGAAACGGGGAAUAAAGAAUAUGGGGAAGAAGGAGACGACGAAAUGUUGGAUAACAUCCUGUACCCUCCGUCCAUGCCUUUCCGCAAGUCCAGUAACCCUGAGGUGAUCCACGGCCUCGCCCUCAAGUUUAAGAGGCAGCUCAGUGAGGACGGCAACAACCUCCGCAGGGGAAGCCUAGGAGGCGCUCUCACAGGAAAGUACCUGCUGCCCUAUGUGUCCCCCCAGCAGGCAUGGCAGACUCCCUCAGAGACCUCCAACCUGGUGCGGAUGUGCUCCACCACCCUGGGAAAGUCCGCCCCCUCACUCACCUCUAGUCUGAAGGAGCUGAGUCUUCCAAGGAGGGGAAGUUUCUGCAGGACGAGCAACAGAAAAAGCCUAAUAGGAAGUAGUCAGUCUUCAGUGCUUCCGCGACCUCACUCCCCCCUCUCAUCACAUACAGGAACGAGUCCUCAAGACAGCCCCAGAAACUUCUCUCCUAGUGCCUCAGCCCACUUCUCAUUUGCACGAAGGACUGAUGGACGACGCUGGUCUUUGGCCUCUCUGCCUUCCUCUGGCUAUGGCACCAACACACCCAGCUCCACUGUUUCUUCGUCCUGUUCAUCACAGGAGAAGCUGCACCAGCUACCCUUCCAGCCCACCCCGGAUGAGCUGCACUUUCUCUCCAAGCACUUCUGCACCGAGAGCAUCGCCGGGGACGACCGACGGAGGGGGACAGCGCCAAUGCGACCCCGCUCGCGCAGUCUCAGCCCUGGAAGAUCCCCAUCCUGUUGUGAUCAUGAGAUUAUUAUGAUGAACCAUGUCUACAAGGAACGCUUUCCUAAGGCCACGGCCCAGAUGGAGGAGAGGAUCCAGGAGAUCAUCCGGACCAGCUCCCCGGAGAGCGUGCUGCCGCUGGCAGACGGUGUGCUGGGGUUUGCCCACCAUCAGAUCAUUGAGCUGGUCCGCGACUGCCUGGAGAAGAGCCGCCUAGGCCACGUCACCUCGCGCUACUUCUGUGAGCUCACCGACAAGCUGGAGAAGCUAUUCCAGGAGUCCACGUCCCGGUCGGAGAGCCAGGAGGUGAACUUCAUCAAAGAGCUGGUAAAGAAGAUCCUCAUAGUCAUCGCCAGGCCAGCGCGCCUCCUGGAAUGCCUGGAGUUUGAUCCAGAGGAGUUCUACCAUCUGUUGGAGGCUGCCGAGGGUCACGCCAAAGAGGGCCAGGGCAUCAAGACUGACAUCCCCCGCUACAUCAUCAGCCAGUUGGGGCUCACACGGGACCCCCUGGAAGAAAUUGCUCAGAUGACCAGUUAUGAUAGUGGGAUAGCUGAAACACCCGAGACAGAUGACUCUUCCCAGAGUCUGAACGCGGCCCUGCGAUCCCGACGAAAGCCCUGCGAGAUGGACUUUGAGAUGAACAAACUCAUCAGCAACGGAGCCUACGGGGCUGUGUAUCUGGUGCGCCACAAGGAGACCAAGCAGCGCUUUGCCAUGAAGAAGAUCAACAAACAGAACCUGAUGCUGAGGAACCAGAUCCAGCAGGCAUUUGUGGAAAGAGACAUCCUGACCUUCGCUGAGAACCCCUUCGUGGUCUCAAUGUUCUGCUCCUUCGAAACACGACGACACCUCUGCAUGGUCAUGGAGUAUGUGGAAGGCGGUGACUGUGCCAACCUGUUAAAGAACAUGGGCCCCCUGCCUGUGGACAUGGCCAAGAUGUACUUUGCUGAGACGGUGCUGGCUCUGGAGUACCUCCACAACUAUGGCAUCGUCCACAGGGACCUCAAACCAGACAAUCUGUUGGUGACCUCCAUGGGCCACAUCAAGCUGACAGACUUUGGGCUGUCCAAGGUGGGCCUGAUGAACAUGACCACUAACCUGUAUGAGGGACACAUAGAGAAGGACGCCCGAGAGUUCUCUGAUAAACAGGUGUGUGGGACCCCAGAGUACAUCGCUCCAGAGGUGAUCCUUAGACAGGGUUAUGGGAAACCAGUGGACUGGUGGGCCAUGGGCAUCAUACUCUAUGAGUUCCUGGUGGGUUGCGUACCCUUCUUUGGAGACACACCAGAAGAACUGUUCGGACAGGUCAUCAGUGAUGAGAUCAACUGGCCGGAGGGAGAGGACGCUCCCCCUGCUGACUCCCAGGAACUGAUCACCCUCCUACUCAGACAGAACCCCCUGGAGAGGAUGGGCACAGGUGGUGCAUAUGAGGUGAAGCACCACCAGUUCUUCCACACUCUGGACUGGGACAGUCUGCUGAGACAGAAGGCUGAGUUCAUCCCUCAGCUGGAGUCAGAGGAUGACACCAGCUACUUUGACACUCGAUCGGAUAGGUACCAUCACUUGGAGACAGAGGAAGAAGAGGAGGAUACCAAUGAUGAAGACUUCAACGUGGAGCUACGUCAGUUCUCGUCCUGCUCUCACAGAUUCUCCAAGGUGUAUAGCAGCUUGGACCUGUCCCGUGGCCAGCUGGAGGGGAAGGGAGAGCCUGAGGAGAAGAAGAGUGAGAGCCCUCUGACUGUAGACUCUCUGAGCUGGACACCAGAGUUCACUGAAAUGCCCUCCCUCACUCAAUCCUCAGACACAGAGAGUCCCAGCAUGGGCCCUCGCCCGCCUGGCCUGCUCCCCAAGUUCGCCAUCUCGGCUGAGGACGGAGACGAGGAGUCCCUGGCCCUAAGGGAACCCACCAAACUGGCCUUCUCCAUAGAAGAGGAUGAGGCUGACGCAACCACCCCCGGAAGCACCCACAGCGGGGCUACUCUCUCUGUAGGUAGUUUCUCUGAGCACCUGGACCUGCAUCCCUCCAGAGGGGAGGGCUUAGACAGCCCUGACUCCUCCUCCAAGACCCCCAUGGACCAGGGAGGCCAGCAUGGCAGCCUGCGGCCCGAUAGACAUGGGGAGAAGCAUGGUGUUGUUGCCAAAGUCCCCAAGUCUGUUUCAGCCAGUGCCCUCUCCCUCAUGAUCCCUGGAGAUAUCUUCGCGGUGUCCCCACUGGCCAGCCCCAUAUCCCCCUACUCUCUCUCCUCUGACCCUUCCUCUCGUGACUCCUCACCCAGCCGAGACUCCUCCCUCGGCGUCAUCAACCCUAGGCAUCCAAUCAUCAUCCACAGCUCGGGGAAGAAAUUUGGCUUUACGCUGCGGGCCAUCCCGGUGUACGCAUGCGAUCGUGAUGUCUACACUGUCUACCACACAGUCUGGAGUGUGGAGGACCCGGGUCCGGCCCACAAGGCGGGGCUGAAAGCUGGUGACCUCAUCACUCAUGUGAAUGGAGAGACGGUCCACGGCCUGGUCCACACUGAGGUGGUGGAACUGCUGCUCAAGAGUGGCAGUAGGGUAGCCAUCUCCACCACUGCGUUUGAGAACACCUUCAUCAAAACAGGGCCUGCCAGGAGGAACAGCUACAGGAGCAAGAUGGUCCGACGCACCAAGAAGCCCAAGAAGGAGAAGACGCAAGAAAGGCGGCGAUCUGUUUUCAGGCGUUUCGCCAUGCAGCCCUCCCCUCUGCUCCACACCAGCCGUAGUUUCUCCUCCUUCAACCGCUCCCUGUCCUCUGGGGAGAGUCUCCCAGGUUCCCCUACUCACAGCAUGUCUCCCCGCUCCCCCACUGCAGCUUUCCGACCCACCCCAGACUUCAAUCAGUCAGGUGGCAACUCCUCUCAGAGUAGCUCUCCCAGCUCCAGCGCUCCAAACUCCCCCGCAGGAUCCGGCCACAUUCGUCCCAGCACCCUCCACGGCCUGGGCCCCAAACUGACUGGACAGAGGCUCCGACAGGGUCGUCGCAAGUCUGUCGGUAGCAUUCCCCUCUCCCCUCUGGCCCGCACCCCAUCCCCAACCCCCCAGCCCACCUCCCCGCAGCGCUCACCCUCUCCUUUACUUAGCCAUGGGUCCAUGGGGAUCUCCAAGACCACCCAGGCCUUCCCAGUCAAGAUGCACUCGCCCCCUACCAUUGUCCGCCACAUGACACGUCCCAAGAGCGCAGAGCCUCCCCGUUCGCCGCUCCUUAAGCGGGUGCAGUCGGAGGAGAAGUUGUCACCCUCCUACACGGGCGACAAGAAGCACAUGUGUUCCAGGAAGCACAACCUGGAGGUGACCCAGGAAGAGGCCCAGGGAGAAGAGUUGAUGCCUGGGGACAGGGACCACCACACCCUGCAGAGUGUGGAGGAGACGUCCUGCGAGCCUCCGGCCAUCACCCGGGUCCGGCCGGCAGAGCAGGGCUGCCUCAAGAGGCCUGUUGGACGCAAGGUGGGCCGCCAGGAGUCUAUGGAGGAGCUGGACAAGGAGAAACUGAAAGCCAAGGUGGUGAUGAAAAGACAGGACUGGUCAGAGAGGCGAGAGUCCCUGCAGAAGCAGGACGCACUACAGGAGUCUGAUAUGUCUGGUGCUGAAGGAGGAAGAAGCCAGGGCAGAAGCCAAGGCUCAGAGACAGUCUCACUGGAAGGCAAAGCUGCCAGCACCACUGUAAAAGAUGUCCUGUACAAGAAGCUGAACACUCGGGCCAGUGAAGGCAGCCCUGAACCACUAGUGGGCAAUAGCUCUGACUCGCCACUGUGCUCCAUCCACCCUGACUGGAGCCCCCAGAAGACUGAGUGGCAGCUGUCCAGGCAGAGCAAGGAGGGUGGUAAGCCAGACAGGCUUGACUUCAAGGCCCCCAACAUGGAGUUUGCACGGAAGAGGCAGUCAUUCGAGGAGCGAGAAGACUGCAUGUGCCGACUCUCUCCCGUCAUUCAUGAGAGCCUCCAUUUUGGCUCCACCCGGUCCAAGAGUCUUCAGCUGGACUCGGCCCUGGCUCUAGACCACGUCAAGGGUACCAUGGGUAGCGUCCACUCCAGCCCUGAGGGCCUGAACCCCAAGAUAUUUGCUGGGAGAGGAGAGGGAAGCGCCGUGGAGAAACUCCAGCUCAUCUCCUCCAGUGAAGGCUCCCUCAGGAAGACCUCCUCAGAGUACAAGCUGGAGGGGCGUUUGGUCUCCUCCCUCAAACCCCUGGAGGGCACCCUAGACAUUGGACUGCUCUCCGGGCCAAGGGUGUCUAAAACAGAUAUCUGCCUCUCUAAGAUGUCUGACGGUGAUAUGGACUCGAUAGGGACGCCCAUGUGGCUGCAAAGCCCAGUUGAGCGGCAGGUGUUGAUUCCCCUGCUAAAACCAUCUGACAAGCAGAAGAGCCCCCCCACCAGUAUACUAAGCCCUGGAGCUGUUGUGGCCCUUAGCAGUCCAAUUCCCACCAACGGGGAGGCUAGUAUUUCCAAUACUGGGCUUAAAUGCAGUAGCAGUGGUGAGAAGCCACACGACAGACCUAGUCACCAUGAACCCCCAAUGGCUCUCUCCAAGGCGGAGGUCUCAGACUUUGGGGGGAAACAAGAGAGCAGGUCCAGUAUGAUAACUCACGAUCAUAGGGCAUUCCGCCACAGUGCCCACUUCUCCAACUGUGGGAAGACGCCCUCCAUACGGGAGGUCAGCAACGAAGACCAGGAGGAGGAGGUGGAGCCACCUCAAGAGACCCCAGCCCCCGCACAGCAAAACAACACCGAUAUCUCCAAGACAUCAGAUACAGUUGUCGUUCCAAAGACGGAGAAUCCCAAAAAUACUGCAGCAUCCUUCCCUGCCUCAAAGGUAGAGGUUCAAGCAACUGCCCCUCAUGCAGCUGUACCAGUGAAGCAAAGUUCAGAUUGUCAGUCAGGGCCCAGUUACCUGCAGAGCAAUAAGAAACAAAGACCAGCGGAGAGUACAAGUAGCGUCACUACAGUUGUACAAUAUAAUUUAGAGCAGACUUCAUACCGGUCAAAGCAGCAGAUGGUAUACAGCAGUCCUUCGACAGUGACCACAACACAAACGUCCAUCCCUGCUCCAAUCUCUAGUCUUGGAGAUAUGAACCGAACAAGUGGUCAAAUGUCUCCAAGACAGGACGCCACAGGGAAAACCCAAAACUCUGACAAGGUUCAAAGCAACAGGCCAGUACUAAACAAGGACAGUGAACCGGUCAGUGUGUCUGCUGUUGAGGAGCUCAAAGCUGCAAACGCAGCAAGAGAGAAAAUGGCCGAAGUCAGAGAGACAAGUCCUAAAGUGGAUGUAAAAUGUGUCUUAUCUAAAGGCAUUUUGGACACUGCAACUGCUAAAACAGAAGCAACACAGAGGUGUGAUCAAUGUGAAGAUGCUUGUCCCAUUGGCGGUCAGGUAGCUAUUAGUAGUGUAGCAAAGCAAAUUAGACAAGGUCCCACUUCACCAAAGACAAAGGGUAGCAUUGCAAAGACUGGAGAGCGAGAGAAGCCAAAUUUAACACACCGACUUGCUGAAAAAACUUGGGUCAAAGGGGCUCUUGAGGCAGAAAUCAGAGUCUCUAAAAAGCAAACUGCUGAUGUGAAUACCAAAGAGACGAGUCCUGUGCUGAUAGUGAAACAGUCACCACCAAGUCCUGCUUCAACAAAUCAAACAACCAUCAAUCCCAAAACUAAGCCAAGAUCUGAAGAAGAGAGGGAGAGGUAUGAAGUGAAAACUCCCACCCCAGUCGUCAAAGUAAGCCUGGAUUCAAAACAGCAAGAAACUACAGUCUCAAUGCUCAAAGAAAUCCCAGACUCAAAGCAGGAAGAACCCCUACUCAAAACCUUGGUUCAAAGCCACAUUGUCAAAGAAAGUUUAGACUCCAAACUAAACAAAUCUUCGUGCCAAACUCCUGUCCCAACCCCAGUUGUCAGACACCACUCUGACCCAAAACAGAAAGAACCAGAACUCCACACCUUUGCCCCAACCCCAGCCCAAGUCAUCAAAGAUAACCUGGACUCAAAACAAAAAUCCCCCCCUCACAAAACCUCUGCCUCAACCUCAAUGAACUCAAAACAAAAGGAAAUCACUACUUCAACUGUUGUUAGACAAAUCAUAGACUCAAAACAGAAAUCCCCCCCUCACAAAUCUCUUGCCCCAACUGCAACCCCAGUAAUGAAAGAGCCAGCGCCGGUCCUUGCUGCACCCCGACUGCAGGCCCAAAAAGAGCCUCUGACCGGAGCCAGUGCUCCCUCCCAGUCUACCCCUGUACCAGUCCUGCUGGCCCUAGCCAUGAGAAGAGAAGCACACCCACCCAACGGUGGAGCUCUCUCAGGCAGGGCCAGCGGCAGCACCGGACAGGAGGCUGUGGUCCAGACCUCCAAGGAGGAUCAGAGGAGACCGAGGGUAGAGGCUCCCAGGUCAGAGGGCCUUAGAUCAGACUCUCAUAGGUGUCUGGGUGGGAUGGAUACCACAGGGCCAACACCCACCUCCACCAGCAACAGCACCCCCCAGGCCAAACACAGUAAAGCUGAAUCCAGGGUCACUAACUCUGAUAAACAGGUAGCCUGCAGCCGAAAAGAACAGGCUGACAAGAAGAAAAGGGAGUCUGGUCAAGAGGCAGCCUCUACACAGAAAAACACCAAGAGAGAGACUUUGAGAGUGGCUACCGUGGUGAAAGAGGGUUCAGACAAAGAUUCGGCCCGACACAAGCAAACCAAGGAGUCGCCACGCGGCCCCACAAACAAAGGAAAUGCGGAAUUAAAAAAAUAAAACAGCAGCCACCCUUACUUUUGCAGUAUGUCCAAGAUAAGACAAGGCAGACAUUUUAGUUAUUCAUAGUGUCAUCAUACCUUAUUUCUUUGAGAACCGGGGAAGCUGUUACUUCAGUGUUUAUAUGGCGUGAGAGAGGUGUGUUAUCCUGAGAGAGAGUGUGUGUAUGUAGUGGCAUAAGCGUAUGCUUGGGCGAUACUGUAAAUGUGUAAUGUUUUUGGACUGAAUGUAGACAAUGAUUUGCUGCUCAUUUGUGGUCCUCUGCUGUGUGAAGAAAAAAAAGUGUCAAAUUUGUAUCCUGUGAUUGUUUGGAGGUUUUAUUUUUUAAUCGACAGCAGAGUGCAAUGUGUAAUCAAAAUGUCAGUGGGCAGUAAGUAGUAGCCUUUUCCAAGGUUUUGAAUUGCACUCUGGGUUUAGAGUUCUGGGUUAAGAGCACCUCAAAUUGAAGGUAGCAGUAGUCAUGGCACAUCAUCCAAUGAACCAUUUUAGUUGUGUGACAGUGAUGCAGUUCAUUCACUGGCAAGCGUCAUACAGAAGUCAAAUAUCACCAAAAGUUUGUUUAGAUACUUUGUCACUUUUUUAAAAAUUAUUACCUAGAGGUGAAGUGUGUUUUUUUGUUUUGGGUAGCGGUGCACAGCAGGAUUGCACUAUGUCCUGUGCUUCUCACCUAGAACUAUUUAAUAUGGAAUCAUCUUACGGUUCUGGAAUCAUAUUUAGUGGAAGGGGCCUUAGAGUUAAGGGAGAAUUGAAAAAAAAAAAAAACUUGCUGUUCUUAGCAGGUUAUGGUGUAAUUCACAUUCCUUUCACAUCUCUACAUUUCUAAACCUUUGAUUUUUAUGCAAUUGUGUACAUAAGUAUGACUAAACUAACUGUAAAAAUUGGGAUACAUGGGCUUACGUGAAUAUGUUUGUUUUGUAUAUAUAUAUAUUUUGCAAUGUCAUGUUUGUAUACUCAAUGAUAUGUCAUUUCAGAAUAGUGUUCCGCUUGAUAAUUCUGUGGUCUAGAAUAAGCUAAUGUAAUGUCUAUGUAUAUCUAUACAAAAUACAUCCUCUCUCUAACAGUCAUUUUAACACAUUCUGAUAUGUUCAGAAUUUUACUUGAGGAGAAAUCAAGCUUACAUGGGGAGAUGUGCUUUUCCUCAAAUGGAGUGUUGAAAAUUAAACAAAAAACUGUGAGAGGGGCAAGUGGUUCCCAAGAAUGCGUUCAAUCGUGAUUUUGUAGUGAAGAUGUAUGAAGAAUUGUAAUGACCGUGUAAUAUUGAGAUGCUGAGCCCAGGAGAAAAUAUAUAUGUAUGUUAUUAUGACAAUGUGUAGAAUGCAAGCUCCAAUGAGUUAGAAUAAACCAACAAUUCUAAGUAUGUUUGCCACACUACGGAAGAGAUUUCUCAGUCCAUUUUUAAGGAGGUGUCUGCAUCUAUUGGGUGUUGUUUUCCAGUUUUGUUUGUUUGUACGGACAGACAUUCAUACAAUGUGAAAUGUAUUUUUGGGUAUGGUAAAUUUAAAAAGGGCUUCAAUUCAAGUGAACGUCAAGCAAAUUUAUUGAGAAUGUCAGGGUUGCAAGAGAUUAGAUUUCAGUUACAGUACUGAAGUUGUGUUCUAGCCUUGUAUUGUUUUUGUCGUUUUCGUUCUUUGCCAGACUGUUCUUUUUCCAUAAGUGAUACAGUAGCCUACAUUAAUGUACCAGAUCAGCCAGAUGAAACUGUGCCCAGUUAAAUGUCUAGCUAACAAUAGGCUUGAAAGGACGGAUUUUGUCAAAUCAAAAUGCACUAAUAUACAAAUCUUAGUUCAUAUACAUAAAUGUCAUUAUUCUAGACAGUUGAUGUUUAGAUGAUGAUACUAGCUUUGUGUAUCAGAAAAAAGUUUGACUUCUUUUACGCUGACAUAGGGAUGUCCUCUAGUUCAGCCUUUUGAUUGCAUACCCUAAAUAUCAAACAAAGUAGGUUUCUAAUUCUGCGAUACAAUAUUAACUCUAAUGUAGGAUAUGUCAUAACAAUAAACAAUCUACUGUAUCUUAGGGAGGCAAACAAAAAAUACUAUGUAAACUGGACAUAAUGUAUUUACAUAAAUUGCUUACUGUACCCAAGAAGGCACAUUAGUAGACAAAUAAGAUUGAUUGUAGAGAUUUUUUAAAUGUGUUAAGCCGAAUCUGAAGUUUUACUAUUCUCAUUAGUUAUUGUAAAUGUAUUGUCAAACAUUUGGGCAAAAGAGAAAUUCACCUUUAAUAUUAGACACCUUUCCCCUCCUAGUUGUAGUAGUUGGGGGAGAGUAGGAUGAAAAUAUCUUACGGAGCUCAUCUUGUCCCCUGUCAAACAGGCUCUGGUUACAGACAUAAAUUAAUCCAAAAACACUUUCUUUGAAUGACGGAGCAUAUAUUUGUCUCCAUGCCCUUUUGUUUCUGACGAUUGACAUUUAAAUCCUUUAAAAAAAGCACAUUCAAUGUUUGUUUACAAAUUCUUCAUGGAUGUAAUAUUUUGUAUAUUGUGUAAUUGAUUUGCCAAAUCUGUGUACUACAUCACAGGAAAUAGGUUUGAUAGUAGUGUUUGUGAUUCUCACCUACCCAGCCACCCAGUUGUGCUGUUAGACUGUCUGUUUCAACAUCCGUCGGGUCCCUCAUGGUCCUGCUUGUUUUCUUUUUUCCUUUGUGUGAAACUAGCAUUAGAUGAACUUGCUUACUAUGUUUUGUCUUUUAGGAUCUGUGCAAUAAAACUGUUUGAGUUUUGGUAUUUCGCCCAAGGAAACCUCUAUGGAUGUCAUAGCUGUUGUAUAUUAAAACAGAUAUUUAUACUUCUAAAGUUGCAUAACACUGAGAAUAAAAAGCAUGAUAAAACUC